AUGUCUCUCAAAAACCCAACAACCCCAACAACGACAUGGCAAGCAACAUCGUCCCACUUCCAGGAACCAGGAGACGCUCUUCUACAGGCAGUGACGGCCAUCGAAAUCAAUGACGAGGAUGACGCAAAUGACGGCGGUUACGUCUCUGAUAGUGAACCGACCAUCUCGUCAUCACUCGUUUCCAGCGUGAGCGACUUCAUUUUUGAAUAUGGGCGUCGAUUCCAUAAGUUUCACGAGGGCGCUUAUCUGUUCCCCAACGACGAGCGGGAACAGGAGCGGGAAGAUAUGAAGCAUUCCAUGAUCGUCAGCCUGUGCGGGGGGAAGUUGCAUUAUGCCCCUCUUGAAAGUCCGCAUAGGAUUCUUGACGUAGGAACCGGAACGGGCGUGUGGGCGAUUGAUAUGGGUGAUCAAUACCCUGGCGCCAAUGUCCUCGGCAUCGAUCUGAGUCCCAUACAGCCUAUCUGGGUUCCCCCAAAUGUGAGAUUCAUGGUUGACGAUGUGGAGUGCCCAUGGCUCCAUCCAGAUGAUCACUUCGACUUCGUCCAUAUUCGGCAUCUUGCCGCGGGAAUCAAGGAUUUUCCGAGGCUUGUUAAAUCUGCUUUUCGGUGGGUCAUUUUCGUCAUCACUUUGAAGUGUGUAUACAUGCCCAUUCUCCCAUCCCUAACUAAAUCUGGCCUAACCCACAGUAAAUUGAAACCGGGCGGAUGGAUUGAAAUCCAAGAACUCUACUAUCAAGCCCAAUGUGACGACGAGUCCAUGCCAGAUGACUAUGCCUUUGCCGAAUGGCUUCGUCUCAUGAAACAAGGGCUCUCCACGUUCAAUGUUGACCUCCUCUCCCCCAAAAAAUACUCACGCUACAUCCGCGAAGCUGGGUUUACGAAUGUGAAUGAACAAGAAUUCAAAGUGCCCAUCGGCACGUGGCCGAGAAGCAAAGCACUAAAGAGAAUCGGUUUGUAUAACCGCUGUCUGAUCAGUGACGGGUUGCAAGGGGAAAGCAUGAAGCCCUUCACAAAAGCGUUGGGCUGGACAUUUGAAGAAAUGGAGGUCUUUAACGUCGAAGUAAGGAAGUCGGUGGAGGAUUCCUCGGUACACUCGUAUCUUCCGUUCUUCGUGCUGUUUGCGAGAAAACCUCCCAGAGCGACAGAUUCUGCCGGUUGA